AACUCCAGAAGUAACCUGACCCAGUCACCGAAAGACCCCCAAAGCUUUAGCCGCACAGCUUGGCACUGCUGAUCAUGUCCGGGGACACUGGCUCAAGUGGCAGCAACCUGUGCUCUGUGGAUUUCGAGAUAUAUGGACAUGUUCAGGGGGUCUGUUUUCGUAUGUACACAGAGAGAGAAGGACUCACCCUUGGUUUGGUUGGUUGGGUGAAGAACACCAACAGGGGGACAGUGGUGGGGCAGGUGCAGGGACCCCGUCAGCAGGUCCAUGAGAUGAAGGUGUGGCUGAGCAAGGAGGGAAGCCCCAGCAGCCGCAUCACCCGAGCCGUUUUCAAAAAUGAGAGGGACAUCUCCAAGCUGGAGCUCUCUGGCUUCUCCACCCGAUUCUGAUCCACGAGAGAACCACGCGAAUGCUGCUGCCUCGUCACCGCAACCGCCGUCUUCCACAGAGUAAACUUGUUAUUGCCAGUCCCACCACAAUCUACCGUUUCUGUAACUACAGCAUUUCUGUACUUUAGGGUGCCCAGAAUGAAUACAUGACAAUUAUUUUGUGUUUUCA